AUGGAGGUGAAACGGAAAAACCGCGGCAUCUUCAGGAUGGACCCCGUGCCGGAAAAUACAUCUUUUCGGACCAAAAGUGCCAAAAACAGUAACGUCCGAACGGAGAUCAUAACACCCGGUGUAAGCGGUGUGUUCAGGCAGAAAUCAUUUGGGGCAUGUGAUCGCCAGUUAUCGGCUUUUUCGUCGUACGUGAGAGCCGCAUGCUCCUUAAACACAACAGCUGGUGGCAUAGGUAAUUUGUUCACUCGCAAAAUGGCGGUCAGUGCAAAUACAUCUUGUCCGUGGCCUAAUACCCAGGACGAUUAUGAAUUACGAGAUGUUAUCGGUGUUGGUGCAACAGCUGUUGUUUAUGGUGCUCUUUGUAAACCAAGGGGAGAAAAAUGUGCUAUCAAGAGAAUUAACUUAGAAAAAUGGAACACUUCUAUGGAUGAACUACUAAAGGAAAUACAGGCAAUGUCCAGUUGCAACCACGAAAAUGUAGUCACGUACUGUACAAGCUUUGUUGUAAAUGAUGAGCUGUGGCUUGUGUUAAGGCUCCUUGAAGGUGGCAGUCUGCUGGAUGUAAUAAAACAUAAAAUGAAGAUAUCAAAUUGUAAACAUGGAGUCUUUGAUGAAGCUACUAUUGCAACAGUCCUUAAAGAAGUUCUGAAGGGACUGGAGUACUUCCAUAGCAAUGGACAAAUACACAGGGAUAUAAAAGCUGGUAACAUUCUGCUCGGCGAGGAUGGCACAGUCCAGAUAGCAGAUUUUGGCGUAUCGGCUUGGCUGGCGACCGGUCGGGAUUUGUCCAGACAAAAAGUCAGGCACACGUUCGUCGGCACGCCUUGUUGGAUGGCUCCAGAAGUUAUGGAACAAGACCAUGGUUACGAUUUCAAAGCCGACAUCUGGUCCUUUGGAAUAACUGCAAUUGAAAUGGCAACUGGUACAGCGCCAUAUCACAAGUAUCCGCCGAUGAAAGUGCUUAUGCUGACGUUGCAGAAUGAUCCGCCGAAUUUAGAUACAGGUGCCGAUAAAGAUCAGUACAAAGUUUAUGGAAAAACUUUCCGAAAAUUAAUAUGUGAUUGCUUACAAAAAGAUCCGACCAAGAGGCCAACCGCCACGGAGUUAUUAAAGCAUCCAUUUUUCAAAAAAGCCAAAGACAAGAAGUAUCUCACUCAGACUCUAGUCGCUAUAGGCCCUAGUAUGGAAACUAGGGUUCAUAAGGCAAGUAAAAGGCAGACAGGCGCAUCGGGUCGGUUGCAUCGCACCAUGACUGGUGAAUGGGAAUGGAGCGAAGAGGAAGACGAAGGAGCAAAUGCCACAGGCUCCGAUGAGGAGGCAGCGGAUGAUAAGAAACCGAUGAAUGAACUGCAGAGAGCGGACUCUAGUGGAAGUGACAAUGAAGAGGAAUCUCCGGAACCUAAAGCUAAUAAAGUGCAAAAUGCUCGGCCAACAGAAACAGUUGUCAUUAAUUUGGUUCUGAGGCUACGAAACGCUCGUCGUGAAUUGAAUGAUAUUCGUUUUGAAUUUAUCACGGGAAAGGAUACAGCCGAGGGGAUCGCUUCGGAAUUAGUCGGGGCGGGACUUGUGGACCCCCAGGACUCAGUUCCCAUAUCCGUGAAUCUUGCCAAAUUACUAGAAGCCCAACGAUCUUCCUUACAACCGUCAUCAAAGACUGUCACAUUCCAUUUGAACUCCGCGGGACCGAACGAGCAGUAUGAUGAUAAAACUCUGGUUGGUUUCGCGCAAAUAUCGAUCAUAGACUAA